AGACUGGAAAGCACAUGACUUUGAACUUUGGGCUGCCUCUUUUGAUAUCCACCAACCACAGCUAGUGUACACAGGGUCAGAUGACUGCAAAUUUAGUUGCUGGGAUUUGCGAGAAGAUCCAUCUAACUUGGCAUUCCAAAAUAGAAAGGUUCACACAAUGGGGAUUUGCUGCAUUACUAAGCGUCCAAGUGAUCCUUACACCUUACUCACCGGUUGCUAUGAUGAACACCUGAGGGUAUGGGAUGUAAGAUCAAUUUCAAAACCUGUACACGAGACAUCAAUCUCCUUAGGUGGAGGAGUUUGGAGAAUUAAGUACCAUCCUUCUGUACCUAACCUAGUCUUGACAGCUUGUAUGCACAAUGGAUUUGCAGUUGUUAAAGUUAAAGGGGAUACAGCUGAAGUAAUUGAAACCUACAACAAACAUGGUUCCCUGGCAUAUGGAGCUGAUUGGCAAAGAGGAUUAGGGAGGAACGGUAGGGGUAAGAAUAAUGUCAUUGCUACUUGCUCGUUUUAUGACCAGCUUCUUCGUGUGUGGAUACCAGAAGGUGAUAUUCCUGAAUGUGACCCUGUGUUGUAGAAUAUGCUUUACAGGAAACAACCAAAAACUUAGUCAAUUUCUUGAGGUGUAUGAGCCUGUGUCCACUGUAUUAUGGAAUUUCAAAUUGUAUUUCUGUGUUUGGUGACUAAUAUUUAUGGCUCUGUUUCAACAAUUUACAGUUGGUAAAGCAGAGGGCUAUUAUGCUAAAGUGGCUCAAUAGUUUCUCUGGCCUCUCCAUCA